AUGUUCGGUAGACUUACAACAAGAAGACUUAUAUCUCCAAGAAAUGUAUUUCAUAACAACAAUAAUAUCAUUACUAAAAAUAUAUUCAAUAAACAAUUUAAAUACAAUUAUUCAACUUCAAACUUAAAUUUAAACGGUCCAAAAAAGCAAAAAUCACUUUUUAUAAGAAUAAUAAAAUAUAGUUUUGGAGCUGCAUUAUUAGGAGUUACAGGAUUUAUUGGAUUUGUAGCUUAUAAAGUUUAUGAAGAAACUCAUCCAGUUGCUCAAAUUCCACAAUCUGCUACUUUUCCAAAUGGUGAAAAAAAGAAAACUUUAGUAAUAUUAGGAUCAGGUUGGGGAGCAAUGCCAUUUUUAAAAGGUUUAGAUACAACUUUAUAUAAUGUUAUUGUUGUUUCACCAAGAAAUUAUUUUUUAUUUACUCCUUUAUUACCAAGUGUUCCAACAGGAACUGUUGAUAUGAAAUCUAUUAUGGAACCAGUUAGAUCUAUUACAAGAAGAUGUAAAGGUCAAGUUGUUUAUUUAGAAGCUGAAGCAAUUGAUAUUGAUCCUGAAAAUAAUACUUUAAAAGUUCAACAAUCAACGACUGUUUAUUCUGGUCAUUCUAAAGAUAGUUCAUCAUCAAGUCAUCCAAAAAAACAUGAAGAACAUAGUUUAGAUCAUAUUAUUGCUAAUAUAAGUUAUGAUUAUUUAGUUGUUUCAAUUGGUGCUCAACCUUCAACUUUUGGAUUACCUGGUGUUGCAGAACAUUCUACAUUUGUUAAAGAAAUUGGUGAUUCUGCAAGAAUUAAAAAGACUUUAAUUGAUUUGGUUGAAGCAGCAAAUAUGUUACCUGAAAAUGAUAAAGAACGUAAAAGAUUAUUACAUGUUAUUGUAUGUGGUGGGGGUCCUACAGGUGUUGAAGCAGCAGGAGAAAUUCAAGAUUAUAUUGAUCAAGAUUUAAAAAAAUGGGCACCAGAAGUUGCAAAAGAUUUAAGAGUUACUUUAGUUGAAUCACAACCAAAAGUUUUACAUACUUUUAACCCCAAAUUAGUUGAAUAUACAAAUCAAGUUUUUAAGGAUACAAAUAUUAAUUUAGUUACAAGUGCAAGAAUUACAACAGUUGAUGAUAAAUAUGUUACGGUUUUCCAUAAAAAUAAUCAAUUGACUGAAGUUGUACCAUAUGGUAUGUUAAUUUGGGCAACUGGUAAUGCAACAAGAGAUUUUACACAUAUAAUAAUGGAUAAAAUUCCUGCUCAAAAAGAUGCAAAAAGAGGUUUAUUAGUUGAUAAUCAAUUAAAAUUAAAAGGUUCUAAUAAUAUUUUUGCUUUAGGUGAUUGUACUUUUACAAAAUAUCCUCCAACAGCUCAAGUUGCUUAUCAACAAGGUGAAUAUUUAGCUACUUAUUUUGAAAAAUUACAAAAAGUUGCAAGUAUGAGAUAUAAAUUAUCUCAUGAAUCAAAUCCUUCAGAAUUUGCAAUUCAAAGAUGUGAUAGAAUGGAAGGUAAUUUACCUCAAUUUGUUUAUAAUUAUCAAGGUUCUUUAGCUUAUAUUGGUAGUGAAAAAGCAGUUGCUGAUUUGGCUUGGGGUUCUUGGUCAAAUGUUUCAACUGGUGGUAAUUUAACCUUUUUGUUUUGGAGAUCUGCUUAUGUUUAUAUGUGUCUUUCUGUUAAAAAUCAAAUUUUGAUUUGUUUAGAUUGGUUGAAAGUUGGAUUAUUUGGUAGAGACUGUUCUAGAGAAUAG